AUGGCUACGGCAAACCACAUCCACUUGACUACUGAGGACACCGGAGUGUAUAAACUCAAGUCCCAGAACUCGGAAACAGCCACCAAAAUCUCGGAGCUAUUGCAAGAGAAUCAUUAUAAACAUCACAUUUUCUUCAAUGCUGAAGGAUUUCACAACCAUAUCGUCCAUCACUUGUUGACUCUGUAUGGCCUUGGUGCGUCGGCAUCCGUCAUUGAGCGACACUAUAAGAAUAAUGCAUCAUACCAGCGCCCCUUUGUUCUCUCCGGGAAUCAGCCUCCCAUCGAUAUGUCAACGCCAGAUAAUUUCAAGAACCAUCUGGGUAAAGAAGAUUACUACCGUGACUUUCUGGUUUUCUGGCAGCAAGAAAUUGAGUCGAAAGGAUGGAAGGAUGUCUUGAAAGAGCACGUGUUUGCUGGCGACGCGAAAGCAGACGACAUGCUCGGCAGGAUGUUUGCAGGAUUUCUUCACCCUAUUAUCCAUCUGGGUUUCGGUAUUGAGUUUAACCAGCCAGCCAUUAUCGCAGAAGCACUAGCACAAGCUUCUGUCCACGACGACUGGAUUACUAAGUAUUUUUUAGACGUUGAGAAGAAUGCUCAGCCUGGAAAUAAGACAAUUCCACAACUCCUGGAGGAAAUUAGAGUUGAUAAAAAGCUGUCUACUGCUGCCGAGUGGAGUGACGGUAAUAAAAUUCGAGAUGGCAUCUUGGCUAGAGCUCCAGAUGAAAUGGUAAAAUACGCAUCUCAGUGGACCGUAGGGAAAGGCGAGCUUGAAGCCAAGACAGCCCAAAUGAUGAAUUCUGCUGUUUACUUCACUGCCGCUGCCCAGCGCCCGCCAAAACAAGUGAAAUUUGACUUUUACUAUAUGCAUUGCGUCACCAGUUCUAUUUUCUUCACAUCCUUCAACAAACAGGACUUUCUGUCUGAAGCUCAGAAGACCCGGCUCUUGGAGUGGAAAGGACGUAUUGAUCUCGCCAUGUACGCAUCCCGUCGUUCGGCCCAACUCCUUCUCGAAGAGAUCUCGGGAUAUGUCCCGAAGCAUCUUGAAGCUGGUGAUGCGGCAUGGGGCGGGAUAUUUCAGAGACUCUUCGAAUUUGAAGAUGAUGGGCACGCCGUCAAAUUUGUAAGAGCAGUCGCUCAUGCUCAGGUUGUCAAUCAAGGCUACGAAGGCGAAGAUUGGGCAAAGAUCAAGGAUCUCAUGUGGUUAAAAAUAGGCAAUAUGAUUGCUGACAGCGUUGAAGAUACCGGGGCAACUUGGGCCAGAAAUGUUGGGUUUGACGAAGCCUGGACUGAUUUUGAGGACAGACCGAGACAGGAACAUUUGUGA